AUGCCGAACGAAGAAAUGACAAAAACUUUGCAUUAUAGGAAUAUUUGGUUUCGUCAUAAAAACGCUCUCACAGAAAUCAGAAAACUUAGUACAAAUUUAGAAAUGCAAAGAGAAGAUAAGGAAAAGAUUAUGGAAAGUACAAUGACACAAUACAAAAACGAUACAAUGAUUAUCGAUCGAUUAAAUCGAAUGUGUUUAGAAGAUAUACAAAGUAUUGGUUGGGAAUUGAAACGAGAUAAGUUACAUGAUCAAUUAGAUCAAAUCAAGAAAGAGUUAGAAACUAUUAAAACUACGGAUUUCAAAACGAUAGCGAAUAUUAAUAGCAGAAGAAUGAAAACCGAAGCUCAGUUAUUGAGUUUAAUUAAUAAAUUCGAUGUAGAUAUGGAUGAAAAAUUAUCUGAGUAUGAAGAACUCUGCAAAACUUAUGAAUCAGAUGAGAUGGAAAAAAAUGAUUUAAAGGCGGCAAUAAAAUUACAAGAGGAUACAUACAACUUAUUUUUGAAAAAUGUUUUUGAUGAAACUUCGGAAUAUUAUACAGGUUAA